GGCGGGAGGGGCGUGGCCAGCGCGGGACUGGAGGGGCUGAUGGGAGACAGACACUAGCAGAGACGGGCGCCGGCCGCAGAACGGAGCCCCAGCCCCGGGCUAUUUUUAGUCCCCGCCGAACCCCCUCCAGGCCGGGAGGGGACCUCGCCGCCCCUCCCGCGGCCCGGGACCCCGCCCCGCCCCACCCUCUAUCUGUGUCCCGCCGCGACGUGGCAGUGCCGGGGUCCUUGGCGUGGUUCUCCCGCUGUGACUCAGUUUCCUCAGGGUCCCCGGAAGCCGCCCUGCUUCCGCUUCCGCACGCCCCCCUUCAGCCUGGCACCCGCAGGUCCGCCGGGACACGACUGCGCGGCUGGCUACCCCUGUACGUCCCAUCGACCAUCGCCUGCUGAGGACAAUUGGCCAUCAGGUGUGCCUGAGCCAGUGCCAGUCCACCCCACCUGCAGCCUUGGCCUGAUGGGGUGGUGACCCUCCCCACUCCGCUCUGGCGCCAUGUGGCCCAAUGGCAGUUCUCUGGGGCCCUGUUUGCGGCCAACAAACAUCACGCUGGAGGAGCGGCGCCUGAUCGCCUCCCCCUGGUUCGCGGCCUCCUUCUGCCUGGUGGGCCUGGCCUCCAACCUGCUGGCAUUGAGUGUGCUGGUGAGUGCGCGGCAGGGCAGCUCCCAUGCGCGAUCCUCCUUCCUGACCUUCCUCUGCGGCCUGGUCAUCACUGACUUCAUGGGGCUGCUGGUCACUGGCACCAUCGUGGUGUCCCAGCACGCCGCCCUCUUUGACUGGCAGGCCGUGGACCCUGGUUGCAGCCUCUGCCACUUCAUGGGCGUCAUCAUGGUCUUUUUUGGCCUGUGCCCGCUGCUGCUGGGGGCCGCCAUGGCCUCGGAGCGCUACCUGGGCAUCACCCGGCCCUUCUCACGGCCCGCAGCCUCCUCGCAGCGCCGGGCCUGGACCACGGUGGGGCUGGUGUGGGCCGCCGCGCUGGCGCUGGGCCUGCUGCCCCUGCUGGGUGUGGGUCGCUACACCGUGCAGUACCCGGGCUCCUGGUGCUUCCUCACACUCGGUGCCGAGCCAGGGGAUGUGGCCUUCGGUUUGCUCUUCACCCUCCUUGGCAGCCUCUCGGUGGGGCUCUCCUUCCUGCUCAACACGAUCAGCGUGGCCACCCUGUGCCACGUCUACCAUGGGCAGGAGGCCGCCCAGCAGCGCCCACGGGACUGCGAGGUCGAGAUGAUGGCUCAGCUCACGGGCAUCAUGGUGGUGGCCAGCAUCUGCUGGAUGCCGCUGCUGGUCUUUAUCGCCCAGACGGUGCUGCGGAGCCCGCCUGCCAUGAGCCCGACUGGGCAGCUGUCCCGAGCCACCGAGAAGCAGCUGCUUAUCUACCUGCGCGUGGCCACCUGGAACCAGAUCCUCGACCCCUGGGUGUACAUCCUGUUUCGCCGGGCGGUGAUCCGGCGCCUCCACCCUCGCCUCAGUACCCGGCCCAGGUCUCUCUCCCUGCAACCCCAGCUCACCCGCAGGUCCACGAUGCAGUAGGGCCAGGGCUGGACGUCGGGGGCAGCUCUGGAAGGACAGAGCACCCUGCCAGCAUGUCCCCCAUCUAAACUUUGUCCUCCCUGUCAGUCGCAUCUGCCUGUUCGGAAGUCCAGGAGCCAGGAGUGCAGGAUGGACAGUUUGAGUGGCAGGAUUGUGUGCUGUCUUCCAUCAUCCCUGGGGACCCUCCAACUCUUCCCUGACUCCCCUUUCCAAAGCCCCUCCCCUCUCUCCGCCCCUCCCCACUCAGAGGCCCCUCCCAAUCCCAGGAAGGGUGUGGGCAAUGCUGGGAUGGUGUCUGGAGGAAAGCAGACUUGUAAGCCUCCCCUUGCAGAAAUCCUCCAGAAAUGGGGGACUCUGACCCCCUCUGACCCCUGAAUAUGACCUGCUUACUGGGGUACAGUUGAUUCCCUUUGACAGCCCAAUUUGAGAAGGCUCUGUCUAGAAAAGGUUGAAUGAGAACGGGCAAGAGACUCCCUCUCUUGCCAAAAUAUAAUCUCUUUUGGCUCUGAAA